CCAAAGCAGUAGCAGUAGCAGCAGUACAACUCAAGACUUUUUCACUCUUCUCUUUUAUUUGUUUUUGUAAAGUCUUGAGUACAAAAAAAGCUCUAUUUUAUUCUCAAAGAAUAAUAAAGAGCAAAGCAAUCUUUGCCAUGCCUGAGAUUAUGGAUGGCUCCUCUGCAAUAACAACAACAACAACAGCUAAACCCCCACAAAUCUCUGAAAUGUUUCAGAAAUUUGCACUUGCUUUCAAGACCAAAACCUUUGAAUUCUUCGCUGAUGAAGAUGAUCAUGAUCCUUCCGAUUCCGAAGGUUUUGCUCUCCUCGACUCCACGGAAGACUUUAUCACCGACCAAAAAGUCGUCGUGAUCAAGCCUGACCGGCCUCACAACUUAAGGGAACUUUCGCCACCCAAAUCGCCAAAUUUAGGUGCUAAAGUUACAGAGACCCAGUUGGUGAAAUCUGAACAAACGCACAAAAAGUCUUUUGUGAAUAUCCAGAUGACUCAUACCUUGAUUUCUUCAGUUUUUGCUACCGUUUCGUCUUUUGAAGCUUCGUAUCUUCAGUUACAGACAGCACAUGUACCGUUUGUUGAAGAAAAUAUAAAGGUGGCUGAUAGGGCUCUGGUUUCACAUCUUCAGAGACUAUCUGAUUUCAAGAAAUUCUUUAGGGAUUUUUUUAAAAGUCCUGAUUUUGUUGAUUCAGAGGAAGAUUUGGCUAUUGGGUCUCGCUUAGAACAUCAAGUGCAAGAGAAUCAAAGCAAGUUGAGAACUCUAGGAACUGUUUCCGAUCGCUUACAAGAAGAGAUUGAUCAAAAAGAUAGCCAAGUUGCUGCUUUGAGGAAGCAAUUGGGUGAGAUUCGUAACUGUAAUUCAAAGCUUUCGAAAAAAUUAUCCAAUAAUUUGAAUUCAUCAUUCGAUGUUCUUCUAACUCUUAGGGUUUUUGAUUCUGUGCUACAUGAUGUUUGUAGAACAACUCAUAAGUUUACUAAGAUUUUGAUUGAUUUGAUGAGAAAAGCUGGGUGGGAUUUGGAUUUGGCCGCCAAUUAUGUUUAUCAUGAUAUUAAUUAUGUCAAGAAGGGGCAUAACCGUUAUGCGUUUCUGUCAUACGUUUGUCUUGGGAUGUUUCGAGGUUUUGAUUUAGAAGGAUUUGGUUUUUGUGAGAAUGAUAUUAUGUGUAAUGGGCACAAUUCAGAAUGUGGUAAAAGUACUACUUCAUUGAAGCAAUUACUUGAGCAUGUAUCUUGCAAUCCUUUGGAGAUGAUCACUAGGGAUCAUAAAUGUGAAUUCUCAAAGUUUUGUGAAAGGAAGUACCAAGAGCUUAUUCACCCUACAAUGGAAUCAUCGAUUUUCAGCAAUUUGGAUCAAAAUGAAGCGGUUUUGAGUUCGUGGAGAUCACUCAGUGAAUUCUAUGAGUCAUUUGUUAGUAUGGCUAGUUCGAUAUGGACUCUUCAUAAGUUGGCCUUCUCAUUUGAUCCUGUAGUUGAGAUUUUUCAAGUUGAAAGAGGGGUUGAUUUUUCUAUGGUUUACAUGGAAGAUGUUACAAGGAGGAGCAGUUUGAUGGGUAAAGCUAGGGCAAAGGUGGGGUUCACAGUGGUUCCAGGUUUUAAGGUUGGGAGGACAGUGAUUCAGUCUCAGGUUUAUAUAUGUGGCUUGAAGUGUACAGAGUAGUUGUUCCUGAUUUCACCCAGUAGAGAGUCAAGAACUAGAUGUUCAUCCAUGUCAAAAUCAGGAAAAAGGCAAACGUGGGUUUGACAGAGGUUCCAGGUUUUGGUUUGAAUCUCUGCACUAUAAUCUGUUGGGGUAGGGAUUCCCGGGAUACCAUAGUGAUACCUGAAUCCUAAGGAUUCAGUCGGGAGUAUAAUGGAUGUUGUUAAUUACUGAGCAUUCCAAACUCCUUCGUGAGCUAUCUCCUUGCGGCACUGGGCACAGCAACUGACUGUGUUAUGACAGCUCUUUCGGCUACAUUCUGAUACUAAGCUAUAUCCCAAUCUGGGUUGUGAAUUUUCUUUUCUUUUCUUAGGUUUCUUAUGUUUGAGUCCUUAGUAGAAAUGCUUGUAAAGCCUUUUUUAUUUCUUUACUUUCAUUUGUUGUUAGUUUGUGAGUUCUUCUUAACACAAGAAAUACGGUACCAAUGUAUCCAUAUUAGAUUAUCUGAUAUAUAACAGUCUGACUUUAAAUC